GUAGUACCAAUACUUUAAACUGUUGUUCGGAGGUCUCCUCAAUAGCUCCCCAAGAGCAGCCACACGAAAAACUUCCUCAAAACUUUCGGAAAUUCACUGAUGAGUCUGAACAUAUAACGAGUUGAUCGAACGCACCAUUGAUCACCCGCCAUCACCACCGCCUGCUUACAAGCGAAGAGUCAUUUGAGAAUCGACAUCAAAAAGAAAGCUUCAACAUGGUUGUGAAGCGCUUCCAACCUUUCUUUGCCGCACUCACCUUGCUGUCUCCUUUCAUCCCCAUUCUUGCGCUCGAGAUUCCAACACUUCCCGGAUCUUGGACAUAUCGAGGAUGCUACACGUGAAAAAAAAAUCCCCCUCAAACCUGUAGAACAAUUCCUGUGGUGGCCCGAGCUAACAGUUGAUUGGAUUUUACAGCGAGGUAGGAAGAACCCUCAAUGGAGCGAGCUACACGAAUACCACUGCCAUGACAGAUGAAUCGUGCAUCAAAUACUGUAGCGACAGAGGCUUCAUUUAUGCUGGAACUCAGUACAGUUCUCAAUGCUUUUGCGCAAGUAGCAUCGCACCCGGUGCCACCGUUUCCAACACACCAUCAGAUUGCAACAUGCCCUGCACCGGAAACCAGACCCAGCCUUGCGGGGGCGUGAAUAGACUCAGUAUAUUCUGGAGUGGUGUCAGUGGACCUCAGACCAACCCUGGUGCUGGAAACUGGAAGAUCGUAGGCUGCUACACUGAAGGUGUCACUGGUCGUGUUCUGCCAAAUGGUGUUCCUACAGCUGGUGGUCCAGGUGCCUUGACAGUUGAUCUUUGUACGGCAGCUUGUCAAAAUGGAAACUAUUUGCUUGCUGGCGUGGAAUAUUCUCAACAAUGCUGGUGUGGUAACUCCUUCGCAAAUGGCGGCAUGGUUGCACCCACGACCCCAGAUGGGCUCUCUGGCUGUAAUAUGCUUUGUGCUGGAAAUCUCUCAGAAUAUUGUGGUGGUGGCAAUCGUCUCAAUAUUUAUAACUUCAACAACGCCAUCGCAACCAUCACAGCAUCUGCACCAGCUGCUACCGGUACAGGACCAGCAAUCAAACCCACCAUUGGACCGUAUACGUAUUACGGCUGCCAAACAGAAGGAACAACUGCGCGAGCAUUAGCUGGAGCAGCUACCGCAAGCGAUAGCAUGACACUAGAGAUGUGUGAGAAUUUCUGUGCAGCUGGAAGCUUUGCACUCUUCGGUGUCGAAUAUGGACGUGAAUGCUACUGCGCGAACUACUUCUCGGCUGGAUCCGUGGCCGCUAACAACACUGAGUGCUCAUUCACUUGCCCAGGUAACAUUUACGAAUACUGCGGAGCUGGAAACCGCCUCAGUGUGUAUCAGCUCACUUGAGCACUUCUCGGUGUGGGCGACGUUGCAGCCGGCGGAGAAGUGGGAUGGGGUUGUUCAUGUUUUCUCGCUGUAUUGAUGUGGUUCAAAUUCUUCGAUAAUUCAGUUACAUCUGUUUCUGUAAUCAAUUCAUGGUAUUUCUAGGUCGC